AAGAAUCCCGAUGGUGAGUAAUUCCGGGAAAGGCGAACUGACAUUUUGUUGCUGCUGCCGCACGGCGUAGAAAGGUGUGGAGCUGUAUCAAAUCUUUAAUUUUUAGACCUAUACAAAGAAGCGGACGGGGCACGAACAUCAGAUAUUUCCAACAAUUUGCAAAGACCCGAGCUCUGUCAACCUGUGUUAAUCAACACCCUGAGCACAGCCAAAACAUGACGUCAGACAGCAGAGUCAGCAAAGCACUGAAGGUGAAGAGGGAGUGCGGGGAGAACGUGCCGAUCCUGACGGACAGUGAGCUGAUGUCCCUGUCGGUGCGGGAGCUGAACUUGCACCUGCGGGGGCUGUCCCGGGACGAGGUGCAGAAGCUGAAGCAGCGGCGGCGCACGCUGAAGAACCGGGGCUACGCGGCCAGCUGCCGGGUGAAGCGCGUGUCGCAGCGCGAGGCCCUGGAGCAGCAGAAGCGGGAGCUGCAGCGGGAGGUGGAGCGGCUCGGGGCGGAGAACGCCGGCAUGCGGCGGGAGCUGGAGGGGCUGGGGGCGCGGCUCGCCGCCCUGCAGAGGUUCGCGCGGGGACUGGAGCCCGGGAGCGGCAACCACCUGGCCACCGCCCCCCGCCUCAACACCGCCUCCGUCAUCACCAUCGUGAAGACCCCGCCGCAGGGACACACUCCCAGGGAGCAGGGAAGCUCCUAGGACUGGCUCACAACACACACACAAACACACACAGACAGACACACACACACACACACACACACACACACACACACACAGACACAUACAGAGACACAAAAGAUGCACAGGACCAGGACGAGAGCCAGACCCACACAGUAGGACAAAUUUCCAAGUUUGCUUGCAGACAGACACACACAAACACACACUCAACAAUGGCAGGUACAGAGAUACCCAAAGCAGGGUUUCUGCUGAAGUCAGGGACACAGACAGAGCCACAAACAGGACUGCGCAUUGAUGUGUCAGAGAGAUGGGGCAGGAAGCGGGCACAGGGGACAGACACAAGCUAACAGACCUCCAUGCAUGAAUUAUGAGUAGAUAUCGUAAGAGGGACAGAGUGUAGAGACAGAUGGACAAGAACGACAGACCAUCCACAUUCCCGGGACAAAGCCAGGCCCACAGGUCCCCUCGUGUCGUGUGCGGGACAGAAUGGGGAGCCUUAACUUUCUCCGUACAGGUCUCUAUGGCUAUAACAUUACCACAACCACAUGUCUUGAACUGUUCGGUUUUACUCCUCUGUGUAUGCUAUAGUACUGUACUCUGUGGCAAAAGAGAAUAAUGUGCCGCAGUGUGUGUGUUAAUACACUUUGCAUUUUGGAGUUGAGCAUCAGCAUCUUCAAAAAGAGCUCCAUGACUUAGCCUCGGAGUGUCUCAGACUGCAAUGACAUGCCAGUAGGUUUUUUUUUUUUUUGCUGUGAGACAGUUAAGCUUGUCGCACUGUUCACUGCAGUACAGUAUCCAUAGACUGGAGUGAAACCUGCACAGGCUGAGACUGCUGCCAAUGCAAUGUUUAUUAAUACAUUCCUUUAUGUUAUUAUUUUAUGUUUGUAAAAAAGACGAAAAUGUUUUACAACAUUUAUCAGAGUUCUUCUAUUUUAUUUGUAUUUAAGACACAAAUGACAAAGCUAACUUGGGCGGUAAUGUGAUAUAUGUAAGUCCAAAAUCCUAUGUAUGAAAGGUUAGGGAGCCAUCGUAUGUCUGUCAUAAUGGUGAUUAUUUUUGUAAUAUUUACUAUUAAUGUUAUCAGUAGAUGUGCUACAAGAGGAGAGUCAAUUUGCUGUAAUACAAGUUUGUGCGAUACAUAUCUGUAACAUAAUCAUAGUGGCUUGACGUAGGGGUUCGUUUCUAUUUAAACCGGAGUGAUCCUCCUUAUUGUCAUUAUUUAUGUUCUAAUGUUUCAAUUGCUUUCAGAGAUGAGGGUGAGGUAACAGGCUGCCAGCGCAGGAGAUGGUAGAAGAGAAGGCAAAGGGAGAGAUGUGGAGAGAAAGAGAAGGGGAGAGAGAGAGGGAGAGAGAGAAUGAAAAGAAACGGCCGGAAGGAAGACGGAGGAGGGCGAGUGGUGGAGGGGGGUGUUAGCCGUGUGUACAGGCAGAAGGGGAAGCGGGGCCAGUGGAAGUGUACGAGAUGGACAGAGCAGACAAAGUGGCGAAGGCAGAGUGGUGUUGGCCCUGUUACAGUUAACCAAUGAUUGUAAUUAGUCCAAAUAUGCUCAGAUAUUUCAGUUGCUCGAGAUUUUCUCAUUUAUUGUGUUGAUGUACUUGCUUCAGUGUGUAUACAGUUCGCUAGAUUCUAAGAGGUGAAUUUUCUGAACAUCCACCUGUUAAUUGCAGGAGCUAAACUGGCCGUGGAAUUCGAUCGAUAAGGUGACUGCUAUUUCAAGCCAACAUGAUUUGGAGAAUUAACAUCAAUUGAAUGUUAAUAUGAAUGUAAUUUAUUCAGAUAUUCUUUAAAAUGUAUUUAGCCAUUUAGCAUUGUAGGGAGUCAGUUCGAUAAAUCGCAAAACAUUUAGCCCUAUCCCUAGGAAUAACUAACAACAAAAGAA